AUGGCUACAAAAAGUCCUGUACGAUGUGGAAUAUUUAUGUACUGCAUUUUCAUGUUUUUAUAUUAUGCUGACGCCAACACAUGCUCAGGAAGCAUUCAAGUACGAGCAAUGUCAGACAUGGAACCAAUAAAAUCAUGUAAAAGUUUUGCUGGAACGAUAUUGAUAUCCUCACUCCCAAUUUCUGAUUUGGUCAUUCCUGAUAUACAAAGCUUUGAGGGUACAAUAGAUAUCAAUUCUAACGAAAAUAUACGACGAAUCUCAAUGCCAAAUUUAGUAUCAGCCACACGUAUUUCGAUCUCAAAUCAAACCAUGUUAUCCACUUUGGAAUUCCCUUCUAUUCAAAAAAUUGAUACAUUAACGAUUAAAAAAUUACCAAGUUUAACCGAUUUAAGUUUCCCUACUAUGUUAAAUGAGACAAAGAAUUUAGAGAUAUCAGAAACGGGUGCAAGAGGAAUUCUCGUAUUGAGAGUAAAGAAAAUGUCAACUCUGCGAGUAGAAAAUAAUAAGCUGCUAGAAUUUUUGCAAGCUCCAAAUAUGAAAAGCGUUGAUACGAUUUAUCUUACAGAAAAUGGAAAGGGGAAAUUUGAUUUUACCGCUCCAUAUUUGAACAAUGUAAAUGACUUGACGGUUAAAAGUGUGGGCUCGCUUAGCUUACCAUCUCUUUCUACGGUAUCUAAUAACCUCGUGGCAUCAGAAAACAGCUUUUCUUCUUUCACACUCCAAAACCUCCGUUCUGUAACUGGUGGCAUGACAAUAGACAGCAACCAAAACCUCAAAUCUACAAAUUUCCAAGAACUUCAAACUAUUGGUUCUUCAUUAGUAAUAUCUAAUAAUCCAUCUCUCGAAAAAGUCAAUGGAUUUCCAAAGUUAGAGCGGAUAGGUGGAUCAGCAGACAUUACAGGAUCAUUUUCCGAGCUCGAAGUAUCAAAGUUAAAUGAAAUUAAAGGCGGAAUAAAUGUACAAACAAAAUCUGAACGAUUUAGAUGCGAGGAAGUUGACAAGUUUAAAAAUGAAGGUGUCGUUAAAGGGGAUACAACUGUUUGUUUAUCAGGCAUUAAAGAACCGAAAAGUGUUUUGGCACAGCCUCAAACAGGAAUUCCAGUGAAUAAUAAAACGGUUGGAGGUGAGACAAAUAAAGGAAAGGCGACAAAUACUUCAUCAACUGGGAAUAAAACAUUACUUCAUAGUGAUGGUGCUAAACAUAAGAUAAAUAACUUUGAUGUUCUUUGUAGAAUAAUGAUUGCCUUAAUUAUUGUUUACAAUCUCUACGAAAUUUAG